GAUCGUUUCCAGCAUUCGAGCGAUCAUCUAACAGUCUUCAGUGUCAGUGUUACGGUCGUUCAAGUGCAAUGAAGAUUGCCCGAGAUUUACAUAUAACGGUCCGAAAUUGUCUAUUUGUGUGGACGUUGACCCUGUUAUUUCAAAAUGCAGAAUCUCAAAAUUGCGAUCUAUCCGGAACUCUUAUAUACGAAGAUAUGGGCUGCAAACCCCAUUACGAAAGGGCGUUUUCACACCAAAACUCUUGCCCCUCGAAGUACGAUUGUUUGGGCUUAAAAAAAUCCACUAGCAAUUGUUUUUUGAAGGGAAAAGCGUAUAAAAUCAACGAAAUGGUCGAUUCGAAAUUAACCGCCAAUUUGUGCGAUCUUGGCUGUUCGUGUCAGAAAAACGGAGACAAGACGUCAUUUAAAUGUGCCACAGUGGAUUGCCCGGAAUGGUCUGUCGCUGAGCCGCCUACAGGUUGCUACAGGAAAUAUUCCUUAGACGACUGUUGCUAUAUCAGAGAAAUGUGUCCCCCAUAUGAAAAUUCUACAACGUGUGUGUACGACGGGAAAGUUUAUAAAGAAGGUGAGAAUUUUUUGCCAAAGAACUCGUGUUGGAGGUGCGUGUGUCAGGCAGGUUUUAGAGGGAAAUUGGAGAAACCGUUCUGCAGAAGGCGCUCCUGCGGGGCUCAAGUGAAACACCAAGAAAAGUUGCAGGAGAGGUGCGCCCCGUUGUAUUAUAAAAGGAAAUAUAGGGAGAGUGACCCGCUUUGUUGUCCGACAAAUUGGAUUUGUAGCGAAGGAAACGAAAAAGUAACAGGCCGCCCAACUUCUGAAAAAAUGUGCCUUUUUGGCCAAAGACUGAUCAGAGCGGGGCAAAAAUUUGAAAAAAUCGUGGAAAUGCCCCGAAACAUGACUGUACAUUGCGAGUGUAAGAUCCCACCACUCUUAACCUGUAUUACUUAUGUGAUAUAAAUGAAAUUGGUAGUAUACAUUUUGUAUAUAGUAAGACUUAUUAAGCUUUAAUUUAAUAUUUAUUUUAUUAUUUAUAGGUGCUAAAUAUUAUAUAUUUAUAUAAUGAUUAAUUUUCUUCUGCUGCUCAAAUGUUUCAUAUGGUAAAAAGCUAAUAUUUUAAUAAUAAAAUAUAACUUUCAAAAAA